AAUCACACCACUAGUAUGGCGUUGCUGAGCCCGCGUGUGCCGCGGCUGCCGCUCGCCUCCCACUCCGCCGGCGCUCUCCGGUGCUGUGGCCGGGCUGCCGCGUCCGCUGCGCGGUGCCAAGCGACAGCGGCGGGCAGCGUCGCGGCGGGCUCUCAGUCCUCGUCGGGGCUGGAUGCCAUCCGGUGGGGAAGCGCCAAGCUGCAGGGCGCCCGCGAGGAGAUGGAGGACGAGGUCGUCCUCCGUCCCGAAUCCCUCCUCCACGGCUUCUCCUUCGCCGCGGUCCUCGACGGCCACGCCGGUUUCUCCACCGUCCAGUUCCUCAGGGACGAGUUGUACAAGGAAUGCGCGGCCGCGUUGGAUGGUGGCGCGGUGCUUAAUACCAAGAAUCUUGAAGUCAUCACGGAAUCGAUCAGGCGUGCCUUUGCCACUGUGGACGCCAACCUCUCCACCUGGCUUGAGCAAAUGGACAAGGAAGACGACUCUGGGGCCACAGCCACGGCCUUGUUUCUGAGGAACGAUGUCCUUGUUGUCUCACACAUUGGUGACUCCUGCUUGCAGGUCGUAUCCUGUGGCGGAAGACCUCAAUCUCUGACAAACUUUCACCGUCCGUAUGGGAACAACAAAACAUCCCUUGAAGAGGUCAAGCGGAUUAGAGCAGCAGGUGGAUGGAUUCUCGAUGGACGCAUAUGUGGAGACAUUUCGGUAUCUCGAGCUUUUGGAGACAUAAGAUUUAAGACACGGAAGAAUGAGAUGCUGGUAAAAGGAGUUAAAGAAGGAAGAUGGACUGAAAAAUUCAUCUCAAGAAUAAAAUUUAAAGGGGAUCUAAUAAUCUCUUCACCUGAUGUAUCUCUGGUGGAGCUUGGACCGGAUGUGGAAUUUGUUUUGGUAGCAACUGAUGGCCUUUGGGAUUACAUUAAAAGCACUGAAGCAGUAGCUUUUGUCAGAGAUCAACUCCGUCAACAUGGAGAUGUCCAGAGGGCCUGUGAGGCGCUUGGGGAGAAAGCUCUGGAUCAACGGUCACAAGACAACAUUAGCAUAGUCAUAGCUGACUUGGGAAGGACAAACUGGAAGGAGUUGCCCGUUCCAAGGCCAAACGUGUUCUUGGAGCUAAGUCAAGCAGUUGCAACUGUAGGGGCUGUGUCACUAGGAAUCUGGAUUUCAUCACUUCUUACCCUGCAAUAGGCCUAGUUCAGUUCAGAUUUGUACAGUGCGUAUAGCAUUACUCCUGCUCCAGCUGCAAAUAUGUAUGGGCUCAUAGGGUUAAUUUAUAGGAUAAUUAAACUGUUCAACAGUAUCUGGACUGAAAAGAAGAAAAAAUGUAUGUUUCUGCAA